CAAAAUGUUGGUUUAAAUGGAUGAAAGAAAAUAAAAUUUUGAUUGCUGUUUUUUUUUUAGCAACAACAACAGGCUGUCAUUGAUAUGAUGAAAUUCAAUAAUUAACCUACUUAUCUGGUUGACAGAUGAUAUGCUGUGACUCCACAUACUUUAAGUAUUAAACCCACACAUUGUGGUUCAAAUUUGAAGUAAAUCUGGGUGCACUGAAUAUUGUUAGAGUCAUAAACAUAAAAUAAAACAUUAAAACUGAAAUUUAAAAAGAUUAUUUUUGUGUAAAGUGGACAUGUAAACAUGGGAGAGUUACGAAAUUUCUUUCUUGUUAUUGUAGGCCAGCCUCUAGAGGUAAUUUGAGGAACUGCAACACUUCCGGUUUGCGUCAUGAUCAGAACCGGAAGACACUAUUUGGUACCGCCCCCUUUUUAUUUUAAUUAAUUAAUAUUUUUGUAAUGAUACUUUGGCGGACUAAUAUGGCUGCACCAGCCUUCAUUUUAAACUACAUAUGACGUCAGAGGUUAUUGUUGUGGUUUUUGUCGCUUUUAGGCAGAAAGCGGAAGUCUGUCGAGGAUGCUAACUGCUACAACAUGCACUCUCUUUAGCUUGUUUGUGGUACCUAGCUACAUCGCUAGCUAUUGACAUAGCUUGCUCCGAACGCGCCUUUUUGUCAUGUUAAAUUCAUUUCUACCAAAAUUAAAGGCUCACUGGUAAUACUUCAGUUUGCUUUUUAAUCAUUUAAUCUUUUCGUUCAGCAACGAAAACGCGCGAUUUUUUUCUUUCCACGAAUAGAUUCAAAGCUGCAAUGGCUUGCAGCGCUCCGAAUUGUUCUAACAGACACUCUAACUCUGGUCUGAUCAGUUUUUUUCGUUUCCCAUUAGGAGAUGCUGUCCGGUUGGACAAGUGGAUGAGGAACAUGGGUAGAGAUGACUGGAUUCCAAAAAGGAACUCCAGGUUGUGCAGUGUCCACUUCAAUGUUCAAGAUUUAAUUGUUGACUACAAGGGUAGAAUGACUCUUAAAGACACAGCUGUUCCUACAAUAUUUCUGAAAAGUCCGGACACCAGUUGCAAACGUGGUCGUAGACGUGGUCGGUCUGACUAUAGGAGACUGGUUAACGAAAAGCAGAAGGAAAUGGAAGAAACCGAUGAGGAGUCAGUUCUAGAACCAGAAGUAUUAGUGGAGGAUGAAGACACAGAGACUCUAAGUGGAUCUUUUUCCUCCAGACUUUUUGAACUGGAAGAGAAUUCAGUUGAAAACCAGAACAAUCAAGAAACAAACCAUAACUGUAGUGCUGCAGAGGCUCUCAUACCAGCUGAAUCUGAAUCCGAAGAUCGAGUGGUCACGGUGGAUGUUGCUUCGAUGGAGACUGAAACAGAGGAGUUACAAAUGCAGGAGAAGCUUGAGCUUCAAGAGAAAAGUGUUGGGAACCAGGUUCUUCCUGCUGGCCAAAGUUCCAGAGAGGAAAGGAACACUGACACUGCUGAUUGCAAGGAUGACGAUAGGCCAACAAAUGACAACCCAGAUGAGGAAGGUGAGGGGUCCUUCAGCAACAAGUCCUCCUUUGGCCAUAAGCAGGUGAUUUCAACGGCAGACCUGGAUGAGAUGAUGGACAUGGGAAUUGUAGACCAGAUUGACCAGGAGGCUCAGAUGAAAGAAGAGGAACAGAAGAACAUGGAUGUGGAAGGCAGUCAGUCACCCUCUAACUCAAGUAAAGAGGACCAGCCGUCUGCAGAGGAAGAAACAGACGUGAAACCAACGGCUUCAGAUUUGAUGCAGUCCUCUGAAGCCAGGGCAGGGGGAGAUGAAUCGUCACCCCAGAAGAUACUGAAUGGGAUGAAAGAAGUCACAUUGCCUGAGAAUUUGUCUGCUCCAUCCCAAACACCCGAGUCGUCUUCUCCUCCCCCUUUGGCCAAAGUCAAGGACGAGCCGGUGGACGAGGAGUACGAUCAGGCGCUGCUGUCCUCCGUCUCUGUCAAAGACGAGCCUGUCAAGGAGGACCUGAAGAUUGGAUCGGUGUUCUCUGUGACUUCAGGAGGAGAGCUCCAGUCCAGCUCGUUGCAGCACAUGUUCUGUUCCCACUGCGGGAAGCACCUGGUGAAAGGACAGACGGCGUUCCAGAGGAAGGGCUCGCCUGCGCUCUUCUGCUCCACCUUAUGCCUAGAAACAUUCAUGCCCAAUGGCAAAGGAGCCUCAAAAGUGUGCAAUACCUGCCAAAAGGUUAUAAAGCGGCCUCAAGACGUCAUCAUGUCUCCAGAUGGAAAAGGAACCAUGCAGAGCUUCUGCAGCCAAAGCUGCCUGUCCACCUUCAAAACAAGGAAAAGCAGUGGGACGUCACAAACCCCACAGAACCAGUUCCUCUGCAGCAUUUGCACACAGUUUGGCACUACCAAACACGAGGUGGUGCUGAAAGGUGUCGUCCACAAGAUGUGCAGCGAUGCAUGCUUCUCCCACUUCCGCAUCCUCAACAGCCUGUCCAUGUCCGGCUGCGCCAGCUGCGGGUCGUGCUCCCACAACAAACCGCUCAUGCUGAAGAUGGACAGCGGCUGCAAAACCUUGUGCAACACAGAAUGUUUGGCCAAAUUCAAAGAGAAAACAAAAAUAAGUCAGCCGUGCACAAUGUGCCGCACUCCACGUCUGCUGGGGCAGAUGAUAGAAAACAAGAACGUCGAUGACUCGGUGAAUCUCUUCUGCAGCACUAGCUGUGUGAUGGCCUUUAAAGUCCAGUCUGUCAGCUCCUCAGGUGCUCAAAUAAACUGCGACAGCUGCGGGAAAACCGCAGUGCCGUCCUACCACCUGGCCAUGUCAGACACCUCCAUCAGGAACUUCUGCUCUCUGCCGUGCGUCAUGGCUUUCCAGGAAAAGUUUAAGAAGAGCCAGGGAAAAGUCGACUUUUUCCCAAAACUGCCCAACGAAUCUUCUCAGGCAAAGGUCGCCGCGUCUCCUCAGCCUCCGCCGCAGACUGCUAAAAAUACGCUGGAACUGAAAUGCUUUCAGUGUGACCAAAUCAUCAUGUUUAAACCCGAAUACUUCCAGAUCAAGGACAAGAUUGUUUUCCUGUGCAGCUCGAACUGCACGAACGAGUACAAGAAGGCCAACUUUGUGAUGAGCCUGUGUGAAUACUGUAAGAUUGAGAAGGUCGCCAAGGAGGUCAAAAGGAUUAAUAACAAAAUCUGCCACUUCUGCAGUGACGGAUGUAAGCUGCUCUUUAGGCAUGAGACGAGUAAAAACUGGGGCAAACACUGUCACUCCUGCACGUAUUGUAACUGUGUGUCAAAGAAGCUGGUGACGGCUCAGUACGGAGGCUCAGUUGAGGAGUUCUGCUCAGAAGAGUGCAGGAAGAAAUACACCAUGCUCUUCUGCCAUAUGGCAAAGUGUGACACCUGUGGGCGGAAAGGGAAGUUAAAGGAGAGUCUUCCUUUGCUCAGAGAGGUCAAACAUUUCUGCGGCCUCGGCUGUCUCCUCAUGUUCUGCACAAAAAAGGUGGCCACUCAGGGAAAAAUCGCCGUUGGUAAGGUGGAGGAUUCGCCUGUUAUUGCCAACGUCAUGUCUCUUGCUGGCACGCCGAAAACCAAAACCGACACGUCUGACAGAUCUGCUGAACAAAGCACGGCAGCUAAAAAGAGCUCUGGACAUAUCAGCAUUGCGACAGAAACAAUGAAAUCCCAUCCUCCUCUUCCUCCUCCGGGCAUAAAGAUUCUGAAGAACAAGGCUCUGCUUUGCAAGCCGCUGGUACAGAACAAAGGGGUUUCCUGCAAGACUCAGACGGUGGACGCACAAGCACAGACAGAUGAAGUCCCCCCUAAGAUCAUGGUCCUGCCAGUUCCUGUUCCGGUCUACCUCCCAGUGCCCAUGAACAUGUACAGCCAGUAUACUCCCAAACCCGUGGGGCUGCCGCUACCCGUGCCCGUGCCGAUGUUUCUGCCGGUGACGAUGGAUAACGCUGAGGGCAUCAUAGAAACCAUCCAGGAGAUCAAGGACAAGAUCCCGUCGGAUCCGUUUGAAGCGGAGCUGAUCCUCAUGGCAGAGAUGGUGGCAGAGCAGAGUGACAAAAGCAACAAGGCGGACACACAGAAAGAAAAGCAACCGCAAAAGGAAGCAGAGAAGCAAGAGGUGCUUCCCUCAGAUGACCACAUCAGUAACUGCAGUGACUUGGACACUGACGACUUGGCAAGUUUGCUCAACAACUGGGACGAGGCCUCUUCUGAUGCAGGAACCAGGCCUGCAAGUCUGUCAGGUGCCUUGGAGAAGAUUGGGGUGCUGGUGGACUCGUCUGCAGGCGAGCAAAGUGAGCCUCUCCCUGAGGCUCCGCCUCCAGGUCCUCCUCCCAUGGACAUUGAAGCGGAGUUCACUGUUGAAACUUUGGAUAUUAUGAUUCGAGAAAGACAGAAGAUCGACAAACCCAAGAGUCCUCCUCCUGCAGCUUCACGACGACAAGCCCACAGGAAAUCCAGAGAAAAGAGGGGUCGUAAGUCCCAGCCGUCAUCUAAAGCUGCUGAGCCUGCCUCUGAUAAAUCCCUUUCCAAAAAGAGCAAGGAAAUGUUGAAGCUGAAGAGCCAGUAUGGAGUUGAUGCAUGGAAACGGUGGAUCCAGUGGAGACAGAAGCAGCCAGGCCUCAAGAAGCCUCGUUUUGGCAGUCGGCCGCUGGAGCUAAAGGAGGAUCUGCUGCGCUGCACCACGGCCGAGCUCAGCUACGGUCUGUGCUGCUUCGUCACUGAGGUGAAACGGCCCAACGGAGAACCCUACUCCCCCGACAGCCUGUUCUACCUCUGCCUUGGGAUUCAAAAAUAUCUGUUUGAGAACAGCCGUGUGGAGAACAUUUUCAUGGACCGUUUCUACAGCAAGUUCUCUGCAGAGUUCACAAACAUGCUGAGAGGUUUCCAACCAGCAAUAACACCCAGCGGUUAUGUUCAUUCCCGAGUGGAGGAGGAAUUCCUGUGGGACUGUAAGCAGCUGGGGGCGUACUCCCCCAUCGUCCUCCUCAACACUCUGCUCUACUUCUGCUGCAAGUACUUUGGGUUUACCACGGUGGAGCAGCACCGCCAGCUUUCUUUUGCACACGUAAUGCGCUGCACCAAAACCAACCAGGACAACACUAAGACCACCUUCCUGCGCUUCUACCCCCCCAUACCUGUGAAUGAGGCAGACACAGAGUCCAAUGCUGUUCCUGCUAAAAGGAAGAAAGAGGAGGAGAAUAAAGAGGACAUCCUGGAGAUGGUGGAGAACACAGAAAACCCUCUUCGCUGCCCCGUCAGGCUCUAUGAGUUUUAUCUCUCCAAGUGUUCGGAGCUGGUGAGGCAGCGCACCAACAUGUUCUACCUUCACCCCGAGCGCUGCUGUGUGCCCAACUCCCCGCUGUGGUUCUCCUCCACCCCUCUGGACAACGACACCAUGGACGCCAUGCUCACUCGCGUCCUCACCGUCAGAGAGCUGCACCCCAAAAGCAAGAGGGGCCGACGGGCAGCAAAGGAGGACCCGCCGUUUGUACCUGAAGACGAAGAGGAGGAUUCAGAUUGAAGAACCGAAGUGACCUUUUUUCUACAGAGAUGUUAUAAAAGCGGAAUCAUUCAGAGUGGUCCUAAGAAAAGUGAACUGAGACGCACGUUGAAACGCACAAACGUGAUAGUGACUCCUAACACACACCACUGACUGAAAACUUUGUGUCCUCUUGUUGUCGUUUGUUGUGAAAACAACAUUUGUUUUUAUCCAGAUGUUCGGUUCCAUCCUUUAAGCUCACGCCGGACUUUUUAUUGAGUUGAAUGUUUCCCGGAGCGCAGGAGAUAGUUAACAAAUGCGAUUGACCAACUACAUAAAAGACAUGCAACCUAUUUCAAAGAUUUUCAAAGUUCUUUUUUUUUUUAAUGUCUUACAUGCAGCUCUUGUAGAUUCUCUGAACCCUGAAGUUAAUUCAAACAAAUCCUGAAUAAAAAAACAGUUAAAGUUAAAAAAGGAAUAUUGUAUCAUAUUUGGAAAUAUUCUUUUUCUUCUCAAGGUUUCCAUCAAGUCAGAAGAAACGUGUACUUGUUCAUUAUGUUCAACAUCUAGCCAGUUCUCCAUGAUUUAGUUGCACUUUUGUAUUAGAGCUUUGAUUAAAAUGACACUAAAAGCUGUUUUUUUUUUUAGGAUUGUUCUAAUGAAAUGUUCUUUAUUCCUCAACCAGAAAUUACUGUGUACAACUGAAGCAAAGUACAAAUCCCCGAAGUACACUGUGGAACUGUUUUAAUCUAAUGUUUGCAGGCAUUUACACAAGCCACCCAUGUUUUAGAGAAGGACCCCACACACACAUUUUCAUUUUGCUUGUGGCUGCCAAUGUGUUUUGUUUUUUUACUCUGUACUUUUUGUAUAAAAAAACUAAAACAAAUAUACUGUUCAUUAACAA